UUUAUAUCUAGUUUGUUAGUGUCCACCGCUCGUUAGAUGACAAGUUAGCGUAACGUUAGUGAUUGUACAUUUUGGAGUGGCUAGAUCGGUAGUGGAUAGUAAGUAGUAGUAGUGUGAAACGUGUUUGUCAUCGUUGUGUGUCAUUGCAGGGAAUGUGUGACAUGUUCAUCCAAACACAGCAGGCGAGUAGCGUCAACGGCAGCAGCAGCAGCAGCAGCAGCAGCAGUAACAACACCGUUCACCACCACAGCAAGAAACGCAAGUUGGAGUACAACGUGAGUCAGCCGGUGAUCCAACACGCAUUGGUCCAAUCGACCGGCGACUACCAAUUAGACAAUACCGGUCUACAACAACGGUACUCCGUGAACGGUGCUAAUACCGCAUUUAGCUCGCUGCACAACAAUAAUGCGCUGCAGAAGAGUAGCCCGAACCAACAGACCCUGGUACGAGCCUCGACGAUCAAGCUCUUAGACACGUACCAACGUUGCGGCCAGAAGAGAAAAACUUGGUCGAGGGAGGGUAAUGGUGACGGCCUGGCAGUCCACUCCGCCAACGCGACGAACGCAGUGGGUAGUACUGUAGUGUCGCAGCACCAUACUCAACAGCAACAGCAGCAGCUGCAACAACAACAGCAGCAGCAGCAGCAGCAGCAACAACAACAACAACAACAACAACAACAACAGCAGCAGCAGCACAAGCAGACAGGCAUGACGGCCCAUAGCAAACAGGUGACUAACGCUGCCAAUGGAGGCGGUGGCAGCAACCCUCAAGGAGACGGAGAUUAUCAGUUGGUACAGCACGAGGUUCUUUAUUCUAUGACUAAUCAGUACGAAGUCCUCGAGUUUUUGGGCAGAGGUACUUUCGGACAGGUCUCCAUCCUGUCUCGACUCAGCCAGGAGAAUGCGGAUGAGUUCAACUUUGUGCGCGCUUAUGAGUGCUUUCAGCACAAAUCCCACACCUGUUUGGUCUUCGAGAUGCUAGAACAGAAUCUGUAUGAUUUCCUGAAACAGAACAAAUUUUCACCUCUACCGCUCAAAUACAUCAGACCGAUUCUCCAACAAGUACUCACCGCUCUUUUGAAACUGAAGCAAUUGGGCUUGAUCCACGCUGACCUUAAGCCGGAAAACAUUAUGUUGGUGGAUCCAGUUCGUCAGCCAUAUCGUGUGAAAGUUAUUGAUUUUGGGUCAGCCUCCCACGUGUCGAAAGCUGUCUGCAACACGUAUUUGCAAUCGCGAUACUACCGUGCACCCGAAAUUAUACUUGGACUUCCAUAUUGUGAAGCAAUAGAUAUGUGGUCGCUCGGCUGUGUGGUUGCGGAAUUGUUUUUAGGAUGGCCUCUAUAUCCUGGUAGUUCAGAAUACGAUCAGAUUCGAUACAUAAGUCAGACACAAGGCCUACCAACGGAACACAUGUUGAACAAUGCCAGCAAAACAACAAAAUUCUUCUACAGAGACAUGGACAGCACGUAUCCAUUUUGGCGCUUGAAAACACCGGAAGAGCACGAGGCUGAAACUGGUAUCAAAUCAAAGGAAGCGAGAAAGUAUAUUUUUAACUGUCUCGAUGAUAUUGGUCAAGUCAAUGUACCGACUGAUUUGGAGGGUGGUCAACUUCUGGCAGAGAAAGCAGAUAGAAGAGAGUUCAUUGACCUCUUGAAGAGGAUGCUCACAAUGGACCAGGAGCGUCGUAUAACACCUGGGGAGGCUUUGAACCAUGCCUUUGUUACGCUGGCCCACUUGAUCGAUUACGCACAUUGUAACAAUGUUAAAGCUUCCGUCCAAAUGAUGGAGGUUUGCCGACGAGCCGGCGACUUCACUGCAAGUCCAGCGCAUCACCAAGCUCCUCCAGCACCUCAACCACCUCCACCGACGUCGUUGGUAGCUAACUUUGUGCCGACGACGAACGGUAGUGCCGUAACUUUUACCUUCAACAAUCAGUUGACAAACCGAUUGGUCAGAGAGCAUCGGACACAAACAGGAUAUGACAAUCUGUAUCAAAUAUACAGCAACAGUAGUCGUCGUGCGACUCAGUACAGUAGCUCGUCUAGUGGAUCAAAUAGUGGACGGAGUGGAGUGCACGAUUUUCCGCAUCAAUUGGUGCCUGGUCUGCUAUGCCAUCCACCCAGUUAUCAGACGAUGCCAAGUCCUGCGAAACACGUUGUUGUUGCCCAACCUCCACAAGCGCAACAAGGUCCGUUACAAAUCCAACCAUCGAUCAUAUCGCAGCAGGCUGUUGCUGCUGCGGCUGCGGCUGCUCAACAACAGUAUGCAGCGGUUCCCGUGUCUAUGGUGGAAACUGGACGACAAAUGUUAUUAACCAAUGCUGUGCAAACUUCGUGGCCGGGUGGAAGUCGUCAAAUGGCUGCUAUCGUACCAUCUUGGCAGCAGUUGCCACCGCAACAUGCAGCCAUACAGCAGCCAUUGUUGAGCGAUGCUGGAGAUUGGGGAAGACCUCUCAUUGUCGACAGUUCUGCUAUUCUGCAGGAUCAGCGGCCAGUAUUUCCUGUCACGGAAGUAUACAAUACUAGCGCCCUCGUUGAACAUCCUCCUCAAGGUUGGGGCAAGCGUAGCGUUACGAAACAUCAUCAACAUCAUGUGACGGUACCUCAGCAGUCUCAGCACAGGCACGAGCAUAAGAAAGAAACGCAACAAUUGAGCCCGGUGAAAAAGAGGGUAAAGGAAAGCACACCACCGAGCAACAUGAGACGGCAUUCACCUUCGAACGGUCAUUGGCAACAGCAGUCCAUGCAGCAACAUCAUCACAGCAGCAAACACAGCAGUAGUCAUAACGUGGAACACCAUCAAGUCACAUCUGGCCGGCAGCAAACUAUUACAAUUCACGAUACACCAUCACCAGCAGUUUCUGUUAUCACGAUCAGUGAUAGCGAAGACGAAACACCGGGCAAA